GAGAGGGCCGCCGCCGCCGCCGCCAUGGAGACGCUGUACCGGCUGCCGUUCGCGGUGCUGGAGUGCCCCAACAUCAAGUUGAAGCGGCCGAGCUGGGUGCACAUGCCUUCCGCCAUGACGGUCUACGCCCUGGUGGUGGUCUCUUAUUUCCUCAUCACCGGAGGAAUAAUUUAUGAUGUGAUUGUGGAACCUCCCAGUGUCGGUUCAAUGACCGAUGAACAUGGACACCAGAGACCCGUGGCCUUCUUGGCAUACAGAGUAAAUGGGCAGUAUAUUAUGGAAGGACUUGCCUCCAGCUUUCUCUUCACGAUGGGCGGCCUAGGUUUCAUAAUACUGGACCGUUCCAAUGCACCAAAUAUCCCAAAGCUGAACAGAUUUUUGCUGCUUUUCAUUGGCUUUGUCAGUGUCCUGUUGAGUUUCUUCAUGGCCAGAGUGUUCAUGCGGAUGAAAUUACCGGGCUAUUUAAUGGGUUAGUGCCCUCUGUGACUGACGUGAGCACAAUUUGGAUUCUCUUGUUCUCAGUGAAGAGAAACAGUCAUCAAAAACUCUGCGGCCCCAUCCCUCAUGUCUGAAGAGAUAAGAAAAAGAGAACUGACUAAAGAAAGGACUGCUUUCUCAUUUUCUCCUUGUAGAAGAAGAAGCAUUUGUUGCCAACGGUUUUAUUGACAGAUGUCUGUUUGUGUUUUUCCCCCUCUUCAAAGAGAACAAAUUAU